UUGCUCGUCUCCUCCGGUCCUCCCUCCCCUCCCCUCCCCGUGCCGUAGCUUCCACGCUCAGAGAAACAGAAAGGUGGAGAGGGUGAGGACGAAGGGGGGAGAACAGGGGAGGCGCCAAUGGAGAGCAGGAACGUGGUGGUCUGCGACAAUGGCACCGGGUAUGUAAAGUGUGGCUUUGCCGGUGAGAACUUCCCGACGUCCGUGUUUCCUUGUGUUGUUGGAAGACCACUGCUUCGUUAUGAGGAGUCGCUCCAGGAACAAGAACUGACGGAUAUUGUAGUUGGAGCAGCUUGUGCUGACUUGAGACAUCAACUUGAUGUAUCUUAUCCUGUCAGCAAUGGGAUUGUUCAAAAUUGGGAUGAUAUGGGCCAUAUUUGGGAUAAUGCCUUCUACAGUGAGCUGAAGGUUGAUCCAUCCGAGUGUAAAAUCCUACUGACAGAUCCACCACUCAAUCCUGUGAAAAACCGUGAAAAGAUGAUUGAGACAAUGUUCGAGAAAUAUAACUUUGCUGGGGUCUUCAUCCAGAUUCAAGCAGUUCUUUCACUGUAUGCUCAAGGCUUGCUAACAGGACUUGUGAUAGACUCUGGUGAUGGUGUUACUCAUGUGGUGCCUGUAGUUGAUGGAUACUCUUAUCCACAUCUAACAAAAAGAAUGAAUGUAGCUGGAAGGCAUAUAACAUCUUAUCUUGUCGACCUGCUCUCAAGAAGAGGGUAUGCUAUGAACAAAUCUGCUGACUUUGAGACAGUCAGAGAAAUAAAAGAGAAGCUAUGCUAUUUAAGCUACGACUACAAACGAGAAUACCAGCUCGGACUUGAGACCACAAUCCUUGUGAAAAGUUACACUCUUCCAGAUGGAAGAGUUAUUAAAGUGGGCACUGAACGAUUUCAAGCUCCUGAAGCACUUUUCACUCCCGAAUUAAUAGAUGUUGAAGGUGAUGGGAUGGCAGAUAUGGCAUUCCGUUGCAUUCAGGAAAUGGAUAUCGACAACCGGAUGACGCUUUAUCAACAUAUUGUCCUGAGUGGAGGAAGUACCAUGUACCCUGGUCUGCCAAGUCGGUUGGAGAAGGAAAUUCUUGAUCGCUAUCUUGAUGUAGUUUUGAAGGGAAACAAAGACGGCCUGAAGAAAUUACGACUGCGGAUAGAGGAUCCUCCAAGGAGAAAGCACAUGGUCUACCUGGGAGGUGCAGUACUUGCUGGAAUCAUGAAGGAUGCACCUGAGUUCUGGAUCACCAGGCAGGAGUACCAGGAAGAAGGUGUUGCCUGCCUAAGAAAGUGUGGACAGGCAUAAGCCGCACCCCUCAAGAGCUAAUCAUCCAUUCCUGAACAGAAGGAACGGGUGGGAUCUCUCCACACUGACUGAAAGAAGGGCCAGAGCUUACCAUGCCGGCCACAGAUCGAUUGCAUAGUUAAGGUUACAUGCAGAAAGAAGAGCUCAGCACUACAUCUUCGUUGUUGGUGUCAUGUUGUAAUCUAGCCGUCGUGAACAACUGAACAUGAUAGGCGAUCCUUGGGACGGCGUUAUUGCUCGAUUUGGCCUCUAUUGUUGAGCCACCUCGUGAAUUUCAGGUACUGUUGAGCUAUUGUGGAUUUGAGAUACGAGUAGGUAAAAGUUUGUGUUAAUCCAGAGGAAAUACUGGUGAAGUUUGAAGAUUAGUACGUAGCAGUUGAACUCUGUAGAGAUUGGUAUGAGCCUAACGAGGCUUGAUGAUGCAAGAACAUACGAGUUCGUUGGCCCUGCA